AUGAGGAAGAUGCGGACCCUCCUUCGCUUUGUGCAUUGCUGCUGCUGCUGCUUCUUGCUCCUCCUGCCUCCGCCGCUCUGGGUCAGCCUCGCAGCGGCUAAGCAGCUCCUGAAGUACCGGCUGGCCGAGGAGGGACCCGCCGACAUCCGCAUCGGCAACGUGGCUUCCGACCUGGGCAUCGUGACGGGCUCCGGAGAGGUGACAUUCAGCCUGGAGUCGGGCUCCGACUAUCUCAAGAUCGAUAAUAUGACCGGGGAGCUGAGCACCACAGAGCGGCGCAUCGACCGCGAAAAGCUGCCGCAGUGCCAGAUGAUCUUCGACGAGAACGAGUGCUUCUUGGACUUCGAGGUGUCGGUCAUCGGCCCCUCGCAGAGCUGGGUGGACCUCUUCGAAGGCCGGGUCAUCAUCCUGGACAUCAACGACAACACCCCCACCUUCCCUUCCCCCGUCCUCACGCUCACCGUGGAGGAGAACCGGCCCGUGGGGACCCUCUACCUGCUCCCCACCGCCACCGACAGGGACUUCGGCCGCAACGGCAUCGAGCGCUACGAGCUGCUGCAGGAGCCCGGCGGGGACGGCGGCCGGCGCGGCGGCGGGGGAGGCUCGGCCGCGGCGGCCCCCGAGAGCGCCCCCUUCCCCGGCGGCAGCAAGCGGCGGCAGGAGGCGGAGGCGGCGGCCCGCAGCAGCGUCUUCGAGCUGCAGGUGGCCGACACCCUGGACGGGGAGAAGCAGCCUCAGCUGAUCGUCAAGGGGGCGCUGGACCGGGAGCAGCGGGACUCCUACGAGCUCAGCCUCCGCGUGCGGGACGGCGGCGACCCGGCACGGUCCUCGCAGGCCAUCCUGAGGGUGCUGAUCACCGACGUGAACGACAACAGCCCCCGCUUCGAGAAGAGCGUCUAUGAGGCGGACCUGGCGGAGAACAGCAGCCCUGGGACCCCGAUCCUGCAGCUGCGAGCCACCGACCUGGACGUGGGGGUGAACGGGCAGAUCGAGUACGUCUUCGGGGCGGCCACCGAGUCCGUCAGGCGCCUACUGCGGCUGGACGAGACCACGGGCUGGCUCAGCGUCUUGCACCGCAUCGACCGGGAGGAGGUGAACCAGCUUCGCUUCACUGUCAUGGCCCGAGACCGGGGCCAGCCCCCCAAGACAGACAAGGCCACUGUCGUGCUGAACAUCCGGGAUGAAAAUGACAACGUGCCCACCAUCGACAUCCGGAAAAUUGGGCGCAUCCCGCUCCGGGACGGGGUGGCAAGCGUGGCCGAGGAUGUGCUGGUGGACACCCCCAUUGCCUUGGUGCAGGUGUCAGACAGAGACCAAGGUGAAAAUGGUGUGGUGACCUGCACCGUGGUGGGCGAUGUGCCCUUCCAGCUCAAACCGGCCAGUGAGGGUGAAGGGGAGCCACAGAAUAAGCGCAAGUAUUUCCUCCACACCUCGGCCCCUCUGGAUUAUGAAGCCGUCCGUGACUACAACGUGGUGAUUGUGGCUGUGGACUCAGGCAGCCCCAGUUUGUCCAGCAACAACUCCUUGCUGGUGCGGGUCGGGGACACUAAUGACAACCCUCCCAUGUUCAGCCAGGCUGUGCUGGAGGUCUCCUUCCCAGAGAACAACUUGCCUGGUGAGAGGGUGGCCACAGUGGUUGCCACAGAUGCGGAUAGUGGCAAGAAUGCUGAGAUCACCUAUUCCUUGGAGGCCUCACCCCUCUCCUCAGAGGCACCGGGCAGCAUCUUCAGUAUUGACCCUGACUCUGGGGAUGUGUCGGUGCAGGCAGUGCUGGACCGUGAGCAACGGGACACCUAUGAAUUUCAGGUGACAGCCCGGGACAAGGGGGUGCCAUCGCUGCAGGGCUCCACCACAGUGGUGGUGCGAGUGUCAGACCGCAAUGACAACGAGCCACGCUUCAUGCAGGAUGUGUUCACCUUCUAUGUGAAAGAAAACCUGCAGCCCAACAGCCCCGUGGGCAUGGUGACUGUGAUGGACUUUGACAAGGGCCGCAAUGCCGAGCUCAGCCUCUCUAUUCAGCCUGGAGAUCAUGAACAGGCAGCUGGCAUCUUCUCCAUCGAGAAUGACACUGGAACCAUUUUCUCCACUGUCUCUUUUGACCGUGAGCAGCAGACCAGCUACACCUUUAAGGUGAAGGCAGUGGAUGGGGGAGAGCCACCACGGUCUGCCACAGCCACCGUGUCUCUCUUUGUGAUGGAUGAGAACGACAAUGCACCCACUGUCACCUUCCCCAGCAACAGCUCCUACACUGUGCUGCCACCCUCCAGCAACAUGCGCACUGUGGUGGCCACAGUGGUCGCCACUGAUGCUGACACAGGUCUCAACGCUGACCUCAACUACAGCAUUGUUGGGGGCAACCCCUUCAAACUCUUUGAAAUAGACCCGGCCAGUGGUGUGGUGUCACUGGUGGGCAAGUUGGCCCCCAAGCACUAUGGCCUGCACCGCCUGGUUGUGCAGGUGAAUGACAGUGGGCAGCCCCCCCAGUCCACCACUGCCCUGCUCCAUGUCUUUGUCAACGAGAGCCUGUCCAAUGCCACUGUGGUGGAGAGCCAGGUGGCUCGCAGCCUUCACACCCCACUGGCCCAGGACAUUGCUGGUGAUCCCAGCUAUGAGCUGAGCAAGCAGAGGCUUAGCAUAGUCAUUGGCGUGGUGGCUGGCAUCAUGACCGUCAUCCUUCUUAUCCUCGUGGUGGUCAUGGCCCGCUACUGUCGAUCUAAGGGCAAGCAUGGCUACGAGGCCGGCAAGAAGGACCAUGAGGAUUUCUUCACCCCCCAGCAGCACGACAAGGCCAAGAAGCCCAAGAAGGACAAGAAAGGCAAGAAGGGCAAGCAGCCCCUCUACAGCAGCAUUGUUACUGUCGAGGCUUCCAAGCCCAAUGGGCAGCGCUACGACAGCGUGAACGAGAAGCUCUCGGACAGCCCUGGCAUGGGCCGAUAUCGCUCGGUCAAUGGUGGCCCAGGCAGCCCUGACCUGGCCAGGCACUACAAGUCGAGCUCACCGCUGCCCACGGUCCAGCUGCACCCACAGUCCCCCACUGCUGGCAAAAAGCACCAGGCCGUGCAGGACCUGCCCCCAGCAAACACCUUCGUGGGCGCUGGCGACAACAUCUCCAUCGGCUCGGACCAUUGCUCCGAGUACAGCUGCCAGGCCAGCAGCAAGUACAGCAAGCAGGUGGAUACAGUGCAGACCACGCAGCACCCUGGCCAUAUUGAGGAAUCAUGUAAAAUGAAUCCGUUUCGUAGAGUGACGUUUUCUGUUGUGAGUCAGCCUCAGGACCCGCAUCAAGGGUCAUUGCAGAGUUGCUAUGACAGCGGUCUGGAGGAGUCAGAAACACCAAGCAGUAAGAGUUCAUCAGGGCCAAGACUGGGUGCCCUUCCACUCCCAGAGGACAACUACGAAAGGACUACGCCGGAUGGCAGUGUUGGUGAGGCAGAGCAUAUGGAAAAUGAUUCACGGCCUCUACCAGAUGUAGCCCUAACAGGGAAGUGCACCCGAGAAUGUGAUGAAUAUGGCCACUCAGACUCCUGCUGGAUGCCAGUCCGCACUUCUCCGGAGAGAAAGCAGAAGAGCCAGCCAAAACUCUCCACUUUCAUGCCUGUUGAUGAACGGGGCAGUCAGGAAAAGCUGGCCAAUGGAGAAGCCUCCCUCAUGGGUGACCGCAACAGAAACCUCCUUAACAAAAAGUUGACCUCAUCUUAUGAGACCUUCAGCGCAGCUAGUUUCAGCAAAAAUGAAGAAGGCAACCCAGAGGAUAUCCCCCUUACACAGACAGGGGAAUACAAGCCAUCUCCUGUCAAUACUCUAACUAGAAGAGAAGUUUACCUGUAGGCUAAAAAGCAGCAACAAAGUUCUUUCAUAAUAUAAGAAAGAAAUGGGGCAAAAGUCUUAAAAUCACAACAAUUUUAAGAAAAAAUGUGAAACAAUAAAGAGGGGGCCACCAAAGAGACAAAAGAUCUGCCUGCCACUUCUGCCUCCAUAGCAGGCAUGUAAUUAUACUGUCUGCCUGACUAUACUGUACAAUGUAGAAAACAUUGCUGUUACUUGCAUGUCUAAUUCCCCCUCGCUGAUUUUUAUUUUCCUAGAUCUAUGGCUGCAAAUUCCUCCCAUAGUAGCAAGCUUGAUUAAAAAGAACACGACAUACUGUUGUUUCCCCUCUGCAGAAGCAUGAAUUAAGCCACUCAUUUUGUUUGUUUGUCAUCUGGCUUGUUGAGGAUAACAGGUCAGGGAAAAUGUAUUCCAAACAUACCAUCUGAAUAUUGCUGAUCCCCAUCAGGGACAAUCCUACAGAAACCAUAAAGAUAUAGGAUAAAUAUAAAGGAAUAAUCAUAAAUAGGCACUUUGUGAAGACCACAGCUUUAAUAUUCUCACCUCUCAUCUGAGGCUGGAAGCAACAGAAAUACAUUCAGCCUGAGACUGCAGUCAAAAACAUGGCAUACUUUCCCGUGACUCAUGGACUCUGGUUCUGUUUAUUCCAUUGAACAAACCUGUCUUGCUGUGUCUCUUUCUCUCUUUCUCUCUCGUUCUCUGUAAUGAUUAUUUCAAUGUAAACACAAUUACUAACACUUAUACCAUAGGAUAGCAAUGAUAAACUGUUGAAAUCAUUAUUUUGGGCAAGACUAACAUUUAGCUGGGAAGAUUGUAAUAACAAAAAGGCCAAAGAUCACACAAUGGAUCAGGGGAACUGCUAAGUAUUGGGGCUUGACUUAGAAAAUAAAUGUAUUCACAAAAAAACCACAUGUACUCAUAACACAGCAUCAGUUACAUUCUAUGCAGCAGCACAGUUCACAAGCCCAGAUGACAAAUUUUUUUUCCAGUGUGGUUCAGUUGAAUGCCCAAAGGAACUGAUGCUUUUUUUGUAAUGACAUGAUACAUUGCAGCACAUGCUGCAUAUUAUAUGCUGCAUAUGCUAGUUCCAGGGAAUUUUUAAGAUCAAAAUUAAAAAAUAUUAGUAGAAGAGAAGGCCGUGUUAGUGGGAAUGCUUGAUGGGAGGGAAAAAGGUGGACAAUAGGAUAAUGCAGUAACAAGAGAACAUUUCAACUCGGAUACAAAAGCUUCUUUUCAGACAGCAAGGCAUGGUUGCUAAGUGUGGUCAUCAGUGUUGCAGCUUAUCAACUGCUUCAAUUAUGUCAAAGAUGAUGAUAAUGAAAGCUUUCUUGAAACCAAGUGCAUUAAAACCAAGAAAAGUGCAAUACUAAAUGAUAUCAAGACUCAGAACAUUUAGCAUUAGUAAAAAAUGGUCUGAUAAACAGUGGUAUGAUACCUAGGAGGUCAAGAGGAGUUAAAAGGAGUCCAAGCUACGAUAUGCAAGAGCUGUAACAACUAUCAUGGUGAGUGCUUCUUGAAAGGAAGAGGAAAUGAAACAGGGUUUUGUGCAAUAAAAGCAACAAAACAUGCAGAACAUCAACCAAUUGCUUUGUAGUUGAUGCUGUAUUAAUAAUCACAGACUGAGCUCAGACAUUCAGACAAAAGUGACAAUCAAACAACACAGCAAGGACAGCUCAAGGAUGGAGAAAGCAUUCAGAUCCCUGGCUGUUGAACUGGCACGAAGGCAUGGCUAGAUGGCUCUCUAGUAACUGUAGUCAUAAUGUAGCUUUGGGUAGUUUCUUGCUUUGCAGAAUUGCAUAGAAAUAACCUUAAACAGCCUAAGGUAGAAGUUGGUAAAUCAAAACAACUCAUCACAUUUAUCUUUUGAAUUCACUUCUCCAUGUAGUGGGUUGUGCCAUUACUGGCCUUUACAUUCUCCUCUCUAAAGUUUACUUUCUUCAAGUAACAUUAGUUUGUGUAUAGCAGUUAUGAUGAAUGGGCACAUUUUAGAAAGAAAAUAUUAAAAUCAAAGAUUAUUAACGAUUGAACAUUUUUAUGUUUAAUUAUUUAAGUAAUACGGGGAGAUGCAAGCUAGUACUUUGUUAUGAGACUGCGUAUAGCAGUUACUGCUUUGUAUAAUCUGUAAGUACCUGUUUAAAAAUGCUUCUAAAAAUGCUUAUGUAAUGUAAACACAUUUUUCUUGCACGUUUCAACAGAAUACACAAUUGCAUAACACAAAUGUUCAACAGAACUUCCUUUAAUAGGAUUUUAUUUAAUAUUACACACAAGAAAAUAAAUUAGGUAGCUGGGUUCCAUAUAUUCUUAGACACUUUUUCUACAAGGCUAAUAAUACAGGUCAUAAUAGGCCUUCCGAUUAAAUGGAUCAGCAGUCAUUCACCAAUUUUUGCACCACGUAAGACAGUCAUGAAAUAAUUUUCUUGUGUGCAUCUCCUUAGAUCUAAAAUGUGUGAAAGAAUUUUUUAAAAAUUCUAUCUACUGUAAGUAUUCACAGUAAUUCUUGUGGAACUAGCCACUAUUAAUAUGCUGAUUACUCUUCUGACCUGGCAUGACAUACAAAUAUAUUUUGUGUUUGUAUUUUUCCUCUUUAUUUGAAAUAGGUUAAAUCUGGUGCCACUCCAUAAAUAGAGUGCUUUUGUAUAAAAAAUAAACAAAUAAAGCUAUAAAAAAUAAUUAGGGUGAAUGCAAAAUAUGCAACUGUGCCUUUUAUACCUAUUAUUAUGGUAAAGUGGUAGUUGGGUUUGGACACUGAGGGGUAAGGGGCUAUUCCCAACUUUUUUGAACCUGUAUAUUUACCUGUGUUUAUUUUCUGAGAAAUUAUAAAUAAUAUAUUUAAAAACAAGCCUUUUGCCAAACUCAGUUAAUGGACCAGUCUUAAGCAUUAUUAACACAAGGCUGUGGUUUAAGUAGGUCUUGAGGAUUUUUUUAACUACUGUUUGUGUGGGCUUUGGGGUUGCUUUAGUUUGUUUUUAAUUUUGCUGCCUGGAAAAGUAUGAUCAGUCUAUAUGAUAGUUAUUUAGCAAGGUGUCACCAGUUCAUGUUGCCAGGAAAAUUGACAUUUUUUUAAUAGCUUUUAGCCUUCAUCACAUUUUAUUUGUACAGUAUAGAAAUCAUCUUUUUCUUUCCUUCCAUGGGAAACUCAGAUGAGCUUUGCAUGUAUUUUACAUUAGGGCACCUUUAUAGAUUGAUGCGUUAAUAUAUAACUUUAUAUGUAUUAGAAAGUUCAAUAGCUUUGGUCUAAAAUCUAAGGCUUAAUCCAGAUCUCAGACCCACUAUGUUUAUUGAAUAUGGUUUCUGACUGGCCUGCUGCCUGAGUUUCAGGAAAAAAGUUAAACAUUAUUUUUAUGUGGGGGAAAAACUUAAAUGGGAUUGAAAUGAUUGGCUGAAAGGCUACCCUAGAAGUUGUCAAGCAGAAAAAUCAUGAAUCUGGAUAAAGAUCUUGCCAUAAAUCCAGCCAUCACCAAACACCAGUAAGGAAGUUAAACAAUUAAAUAUUUUUCUUUCUGUUUCACUGGUGAUAAAUAUACAGAGUUUCCUUAAGAAAAGAAGCAGAUGAAAAAGCAAUAGAAAGCCCACCAGUUUAGUUGUAUUACUAUCUGAAAGAGCAUAAGCACUAGGAAGAAGACAACAUUCACCAGCUACCUGGGGUAUGCUUUCAGACAACUUUUCCUAAAUUUUAAAGCACUUGCAUUCAGUGUGGUACGAUCUGUUUGUAAUAAUAAUCAUUGACUAUUGUUCUGCAACUUGGAUGUUGAUAGUGAAGCAGAGAACAAUUUAUCAUUGUUUAUUAUGAGUCACUAUGCACGCAACUAUGCUAAACAUGGCAAAAUGUAUUAAACGCUAGUCCACCUCUAUUUAUGAAAUAUUUACAUAAUUUAAUUUGCUUUUGUACAGUUUUAUGUAAAUAAAUUGCUUGUCAUUUUUGUCUCUGCAAAUUAAAAUAUAACAUGUUCAACUGGUU